AUGUCCUCUCCUCCUCUGCCAGAGAAACCCCCUCGAAAAUUCCUAGCCCUUUGUUGGACCCAAUCCGAAACCCUAGCCCUGAUCGACGCCUACCGCGAUCGCUCGUACGCCCUCCGCCAUGGCUACCUCUGCAUGGCUGAUUGGGACGCGGUUCCUACCGCCGUCACCGGCCGCUUCCUCAACGUCUCCCCUGCCAAGACCUCCGCCCAGUGCCGCCACAAGAUGGAGAAGCUCCGCCAAUGCUACCGCACCGAGAAGCAGUGCUCCUUCUCCUUCCCAGGCCACUUCUUCUCCUCCUGGCUCUUCUUUGAGAACAUGGACUCCGUGGCCGGCGACAGAUCGAACCCGAACCCUAACCUUAAUUUAGGUAACAAGAAGAUCGACACCGCAAAGUCGAAUCCGAAUAAUCAGGAAGAUCUUAGGGGUAGGAAUCCUAGCCCUAAUUAUUGUUCUAGGGUUUUGAAUAAUGGGUAUGAGCCGUAUUUGGAGGAUGGAUCUGAUGAUGAUGUUGGUGAUGAUGCUGAUUUGGGGGAGGGGUACGGUGUUAGGACCCCGAUUGAUGUGAAAUUAGCACCCCCAGUGUUUAGGGCUAAGAAAAUAGACUAG